AUGUCAAAUAGUUCGUCGCUGGCCAAUCGCUCUGACAAGAACUCCUCUUCUCGUACGCCCGUCAUUGUCAUUGGUGCUAUAGCCGGCAGUCUCAUCUUCUUAGCAAUGGCUGGCCUACUAUACCUCUUUUCCCGCAAAGAACGGGCCAGACGAAGGAACGCACACCAAACUGAGGACUUUUCUCCUCUCGAGCCACCACCAGCCUAUAAAACCGAUGAGCUCGGCACACCCAGAGGGCUCCACUCCCAACCCCGGCCAUUGUCCUCCUUUGCUCCGGACUACUCUCGCCAGGCCCAGAAUCAGUAUCAAUACCAGCAACAUCUCGGUCGCACCUCGUGCGAACAACCCCCGGCAUACCCCACACUGCCAACAUAUGACCCAUCACGAUAUCAGCCUGUCCGGCCAACCUCCUUGGACAUUAACGCCUUCCCCUAUGCCCACCCCACCAACCCUGCCAAUCCACACCCUCCUUCUUCCCGCCUCAGUGCAGUGCACUACAGUGAUGCCAGACUAGCAAACCCCCAGCCGUCAAUGGUCGACCACGGUCCUCCAAUCGCACUGCCAGUUGCAUCUAGACCACGGCGACAGACGGCUAUGCCCCCUCCACCGCAACAUAGCGCCAGGCAGCACAGGGAGACUAGAGAAAGGAGUGCAUCGGAGCCAACGCCUUCGGCUCAGGCACCAAGACAACCUAAACCCGUUCUGUCGCGGCUGAUCACCAAUUUCCGUUGA